AUGAAACCGAAAUCCUCCCAUGUAAGAAGAGUUGUUGCAAUCCUAGCUCCCAUAGGCGGCUUCAUUUUGCUCACCAUCUUGUUCCUCGUCACCUUUAUAUGUAAAAGGAGAACACAACAACAGAAUGAGAUGGAAGAAGAGGAAGAGUUUGGGGAGCUACAAGGAACACCAAUGGGGUUCACAUUUCAACAGCUAAAAGAAGCAACUGAGCAGUUCAAAGACAAACUCGGGGAAGGAGGAUUUGGGUCUGUUUUCAAGGGACAAUUUGCUGAUGAAAGGAUUGCGGUAAAACGUUUGGAUCGAACCGGUCAGGGCAAAAGAGAAUUUUCGGCAGAGGUUCGGACAAUUGGCAGGAUUCAUCACAUUAAUCUGGUGAGAUUGAUUGCUUUCUGUGCAGAGAAAUCCCACAGGCUCUUGGUAUAUGAGUACAUGCCCAAAGGAUCCUUGGACAGAUGGAUCUAUUGUCGACAUGACAAUGAGGCUUCUCCUCUGGAUUGGAAUUGA